UUGGAAAGUCGAGCGCGCUCCUCGUGGCCACUGUCUACAUUCUCGGCUUUCUCAGCAUUCUCAGCUUUCUCGGCUUUUUUGAAAUGCUGUUGUGGUAGUUUGGACUUUUGUGCGGCAUCGGACGCCUCUGCUAUCACAGCCAUUCAGUCGAGUGCGUGGUCGUGAGCGAAUCGGUCGAGGAAGUGCUGCUGGUCACGUCAGUCCCAUUCGCAUCCGCAUCCGUGUCCGUAUCCGAAUCGGAGUCACAAUCCGAAUCCAAAUCCGAGUUGGGAAAAAUAGCUGCUGGCAAGCGAGUAGCAAGCAAGCAAACAAACAAACAAACAAACAGCCGAAAAUGUGCGUACUUUGAAAUGGAAUGUGAAAUCAAUGAUAAAUCCUCGAACGCGCCGUAAAAUCACCUCCAUCAUCUAUCGUCGCAGCGAUCAACGUUUUUUUUUAAAGGUGUUACCCACAUAUAUGUACAUAUAUAUAUCAAUACAUAUAUCUGCAUAUAUGUAUCAAUUUUUUUUUUUGUACAAGUUUCGUGCCUGCAGAGUGCCAUGCAUCCGUGGUGCGUAAAGUUCCUUGAGCAAGCGGUCAGUAAUUGUGUAAAUAGCCAACCGAUGGUGCAACCAGUACUUAUUAUGGUACGAGUUCCAUUGCCAUACUCCAUUUCCCCCACUUUGCAUCCAAUUUAGAGCACCAAACACUCGCCCUAGUGUUUUCGAAGCAAACUUUACUGGUCACGAGUGCUAUGGGAAAAUCAAAGCAAACCAAACAAAACCAAAAAAAUUAGUCUCAAUGGAGCUAGACAAUUCAUUCGUAUCUAUGCAAAUAUUAUGACUGCCUGUCGAAAAUGGAUCGGCCUGUAAGAGUCUCACGAUACUGUUGCAAUUAAGAAAAGCUAAUACAAUCAAAGUUAAGGAAGAUUAGAGUGCAGCCAAGUGUAAGGCGAUACAAUAUGAGAAGUCAAUCAAAAUCAGAAAGCUAACGAAAAGCGUAGGAUUAGAAGAAAGUCAAUGGAUGCAAAAAGUGGCACGAAUGCGCACGAUCAGUAGGCCAGAAUCCAAAAUUUGAUUAUCGACAACACCAACCAAAAAACACCAAAACACACCGGACGGACACCACAACAAAUCACAAUGCAAAACUAUGGAAGUGAACUUAAAGGAGGCUGAGUCCCACUAACAACCUUCUGCGCCCACACAUCUAAAUCUAGAUUAUAGGAUUAUCGAGCUGCAGGAUAAUCGGGCUCAAUCGAGUUAUGAAGAAGCCAUCACAUACUCGGCCGGACAAUCCACCACUCCGCCCUGGUCAGGAGCGAUCGAGAACCAUGAGCUUCCCACAGCCGCACUCAUUGCCGGAAGCCACUGCGAACGGUGGCAAGAUGCUGGUCUAUGGCCUGGGCCUUUUGAUUAUGAUACCGGCUUGUACGGCUGGUCCCCAUGAGAAGCGGUUGCUCCACGCCCUUCUGGACAACUACAACAGCUUGGAGCGUCCGGUGGUCAACGAAUCCGAUCCAUUGCAACUGAGCUUCGGACUAACACUCAUGCAGAUCAUCGAUGUGGACGAAAAGAAUCAACUGCUUAUAACAAAUAUUUGGCUCAAAUUGGAAUGGAACGAUAUGAAUCUUCGCUGGAAUUCGAGUGAGUUUGGAGGAGUGCGGGAUCUGCGGAUUCCGCCACAUCGCCUUUGGAAACCGGAUGUUCUGAUGUACAACAGUGCGGACGAGGGCUUCGAUGGAACGUACGCCACAAACGUGGUGGUGCGCAAUAACGGGAGCUGCCUGUACGUGCCGCCAGGUAUAUUCAAGUCAACGUGUAAGAUCGACAUUACGUGGUUUCCAUUCGACGAUCAGCGAUGUGAGAUGAAGUUCGGUUCGUGGACCUACGAUGGGUUUCAGUUGGACCUGCAAUUGCAGGACGAAGCUGGUGGCGACAUUUCUAGCUUCAUCACCAAUGGCGAAUGGGACUUGUUAGGUGUGCCCGGUAAACGAAAUGAAAUCUACUAUAAUUGCUGCCCAGAACCUUAUAUUGACAUAACAUUCGCCAUUUUGAUAAGACGCAAAACAUUGUACUAUUUUUUCAAUCUGAUUGUGCCGUGCGUACUGAUCGCCUCCAUGGCACUGCUAGGGUUUACACUGCCACCAGAUUCUGGUGAAAAGCUUUCGCUUGGAGUUACAAUUCUAUUAUCGCUUACAGUCUUCCUCAACAUGGUGGCCGAAACUAUGCCGGCGACCUCCGAUGCGGUGCCGCUGCUCGGAACUUAUUUCAAUUGCAUUAUGUUUAUGGUGGCCUCAUCAGUUGUGUCAACCAUACUUAUCCUCAAUUAUCAUCAUAGAAAUCCAGAUACGCAUGAAAUGAGUGAAUGGAUAAGAGUAAUAUUCCUUUAUUGGUUACCUUGCAUAUUGCGCAUGCAAAGACCCGGACAGGUUGGCUACGAGUGUCCGCCGCCGCCCUCUUCUUCCAGUUCCUCCAACUCCGGCGAGAAGAAGCAACAGAUCCAGAACGUUGAGCUCAAGGAGAGAUCCUCAAAGUCCCUGCUGGCCAACGUGCUCGAUAUAGACGAUGAUUUCCGCUGCAAUCAUCGAUGUGCCAGCGCGACCUUGCCCCACCAGCCCACAUAUUACAGGACGAUGUACAGGCAAGGGGACGACGGCAGCGUAGGACCCGUGGGACCAGCCGGUCCAGUUGUGGAUGGGCGUUUGCACGAGGCCAUUUCCCACACCUGUCUGACCUCCUCGGCGGAGUACGAACUGGCGCUGAUACUCAAGGAACUGCGCUGGAUAACAGAACAGCUCAAAAAAGAGGACGAGACAAGCGACAUCACUCGAGAUUGGAAGUUUGCAGCCAUGGUCGUCGAUCGUUUGUGCCUUAUUAUUUUCACCUUGUUUACUAUUAUCGCAACCCUCGCUGUACUCUUUUCAGCGCCACAUUUCAUUUUCCCGUAAGGCGGAAAAGCGACGCUGGCAAAAGCGGAAAAUGUGGGGAAAAGCUGGAAAAAAAAAGGAGCAGAAAGUGAAAGUGACAGACAGAUCAUCGGCCACUGGAGUUUUGCGGUUGUAUUGUGAAGUAUAUAUACAUACAUAUAUGAAGAAGCCAAUCAAAAUAUUAGGAACAGAGAACAUGAAUUCAACAUGAAAACAGCGCGAACCUAAGCUUUUCCAACUGAAAAUACUUUGACAGUCAAAGAGUUUUGCUAUUCAACGUUUUUAUACUUUUAAAGAUGUGUCUGAUGGUUAUAAAAAUAUUAACAAUGAAUUGAGAUAUGAGAUAGUAACGUAUGUACGUAUGUGAAUGCAUUUUGUAUUGAAAACACCAAACCAAACCAAACGAAAAAAAACCCAAAAUAAAGUCGGUAUAAUACAAUAACUUUCCGGGCAUACAAAAAUGUACGUUGCCGUGUACAUUGAACUUGCCCCUUAGAUACAAAGCAGAGGUUUCUAUAUCUAAAUCGCAAAUCGCAAAUUGCAAAACACCUAUCGCUCGUAGAAUUGCAAUCCACCUCCCUCAUUUAAACGAUUUGAACAGAGAAUGACAUUUAAGGAUAUACAUAUGUAUACAGCUUCACACUGUUACUGUUCAACUGAAUCUGAAGUAUCUACUAUAAAAUAGUCUGUAUGUAGCAUUCGAGAGGUUUUUUUUUUUUUAAAUUUAUUUUCACUUUGUACUGCAUAUUGUUUGUAUCUUCUAUUCUUACUUUUGAGCCCAUGCUAUUAGAUUUUUAUAGGAAAAAAACUGUAUACAGAUGUGUUGCUAUGAUAUAAAAAGUAUAAAAUACUAGCAGUACGCAAAUCAAUCACAAGCAAAUCAAAUGCAAAUUGAACGCAAACAAAAGUGAAUAGUUGAUAGUGGAUAGUAAAAAGUGAAUAUUGAAUAUUGAAUAGUGAAUGAAUUGCUGCCGGCAAGGAAGUGCACUUCAAUAAGAAAAUGUCAUUUAUCUGAAAUGAUCGCACAAUAAAUUCAUAAAUACUAACAAGCCAAUGUCUAAAUUGAAACGCAGCUGGACAACAAAUCAUAGUUGUGAAUUAAAAGAAAACAAAUUAAAACAAUGCAAACAAAGUAAACAAAUACAAGAAUACUAUUGAAAAAAGAAUACUUGCUAAAUUUAUCGAAUUGCACUCUGCAAAUAACCAAAAGAAAACAAACACGAGACACUGAUUGCAUUUUCAAAAGAUAUGCGGUGCCAAUGGCUCGACUGUGCACAGUACACAGAGGAAAAUAAUUGCUAGCCACUAGAGGAAAUGAAAUACAUACAUAGAUGCCUAUAGCUAUAUCACUAGAUCACUAUAUCACUAGAUCACUAGAUCACACCCAAUUCAUCAAGUCUUUCCUGCUGAUCGCUCAGCGGUUAAACGGUGCUUCAAUAUAUACGGGUGCUUCAUAACUAGGCGCCAGAUACAAAGUAAUUUUAACUUGUAUAGUUAAUGCUAAUUGGCAAAACCACGAAAUCAAUCAAAAGGGUUUGUAGAACGUAAAGCAAUCUAACGCAAUGCUAGUGUAGUCAAUUUGGAGUCCAAGCAGCCUCAGCAAAAUUUUAAGCAUUCCGAUUCUGAUAUAUUGGUAUAUUGGCGAAUAUAGCAGUUAUUUGUAGCCAGUAUUUUUGCCAUCAGUGAAGUGAUAACUUGCGGAUUGCUUUCCCAGUUGAAACUCGACCUUCGCAAAGAGGAAAACCCCCUUGCUGUGCUAGCAAAAAAGUAAUUUCCAUCUGAGUACUGGACUUGGCGAGCGAGCAUAACUUAUCUUAAAUGAAGCCAACAUAAUUUGGAUGAAACAUGAAACACAUAAGCUAAAAUUGUAUGAUAAUGUUAAACACAAGUAUAAAGUUAACUAUUUUUAAAUGAAACACAAGAGAAGAGUCUCAACAGCAACGAAUGCCGAAUAUAAUGAGCGUUAAAUGAAGAUAUUUCAAGAGAGUAUAGUUUUCAGAGAGAAAGUAUCGCUAUCGAUAUUCAUGAAUACGAAAGAAAUAUAUAUCACUACAGUCAAACUUCCAUAACUCAGCCUUCUCUCUAUGUAGUCGAACUGAUUCUUUGUUGGCAGCAAAAAAAUCGAAAAUAUGCCUCCAAUCAAUGCCUCUACCACGGGUCUCCAUAAAUCGCGAAUUUUUUUUUUCUUAGCUGGCAGAUGGCGGUUUGUGUUAUCGAAGUUCGACUGUAUCUUUGAAUUCC